AUGCCUCGCAGUUCAUCAUCAGCAAAGCGACAGCAGGGUGCGAAAGACCAGCGCGACACGAGACAUGAAGGUGGCAUUGUAGGCCCGGGCAAGCGCAUUCCCAAACAGCAAAAGAGUCACCAGCAGCUCGCCGCCCUCGACCAACGUUCUGCUGCUGCUGCUGUCGUCGAUAAUGCUGUUCCCGCAGCAGUCCCCCAACAAAACAACAACAACAACAACAACAACACGAACAACACGACUGCUACCAAUGCUUUUCCCGUCCUGCCCGACGACAACAACAACACCAUGGCCGCCGAGUCUCUGCGCCGUGGCUCCCUGGGCGGCGCCUACUCCGAGUCAGAGUCGCCGAGUCGCUCGCGCCUUCCCGCCCUGCAGUCCGCCCACGAGGAGAACCACCGUCAGAUCAACGUGAACGACGCCAAGAACACAAAUGUUCACCGUGACCCUGGUCCCGUCGAAUAUGCCCUGACCGUCCUCAAAUCCUGUCCCAUCUACGAUACCAUCGCCAUCCUCAUCAUCCUGAUGCAGUUGUCUCCGGCUUUCCUCGCCAUUGUCUACAUGCUAUUCACCCUCUUGACCUUUGUCCCACCCGUUACUACUAGUUCCGGGUUGACCAUUGCCGACAUCUUCGACGGGAACCAGGGCACGCCCUCGCUCACCACGCUGGCCUGUAUGGACGUGGCCGUGUUGGGCAUAUGGCUGUUCCUAUGGGCUCCCAUGCAGCAGUUCAUAUUGGAUUUGGCCCAGGUUGUCAUAUCCCUUACCCUCGGAGGAGGCGGAAGCUCAAGAACUAGCACGUCGAACACCAUCUUCCUCUGCGUCACUAUCAUCGGGGCUUCCCAAUGGACGAGACAGGCUAGGUGGAAUGGUCUCACCCAUUUGAGUACCCUCUUUGGCACGAACCGCUUCUUCCCAACCAGUCGUGGUGAUCCCAUCGAACAUACCGUACGAGCUUUCGAGAAAAAGGGUCCGUAUGGCUGGGUUAGAAGCGUUUUAGCGAUACACAUUCUUACACAGGGACUGGUACGGUGCAUUCGGGAGUGGUAUCUUCGUAGGGAAAGAAGAGAUUUGCAGUCACAAAGUCAACUGGAUCCGGAGGCCGGCAAGACGGUUUCGUUUUCGGACAGCUGCUCCGACGCGGCGCUGAUGGCAGCCGAUAGCGACGCCCAUCUGCAAACAAGUGCGGGUACUGUUUCGAACAAGAAGAGACGAAAGCAGAGCGCCCAAGUUAGGAUACGGCAGCCUCUGUGGGCUGCGCUGGCUAGCACAAAAAUUGUUAUGGUGAAGGAGUAUGAGCUCUCCCAUGCGGCUUCCGAAUCAGCUGGUAGCAACGCUACGGAUAUCCACAACUUAGGGAACGCGCCGUUUAACACACAGCCGGAACAGAUUUGGAUUUGUUACAUUGGUAGCGACGAAGUCUGCUUCAACACUAGUUAUUUUCCCGACUUUCCUGAUGACGACACCGUUGACGAGGCUGGAACCCCUGGCGUUAGCAUCGCCAAGCCCUUUUAUGUCAGAGUCAACAAUGCCAAAUGGCAACCGACACGCAUCAUUCCUAUCGAAGGCACCGAGGAAGACAGACACCAAGGCACCCGUUGGACAGGCGACAUCUACGGACUUACCCCCUUAUCUAACUAUGCAUGCGAAUUUGUUAGCACUCGAACCGACCAGGUUAUCUACAAGGCCAAUGUCAGGACCGUCCAGGCUAAGAGUAGGGAUCCCGAGGCACCCGCAAAGGCACCGACUAAUAACCAGCGCGUUAACAAUGUCCGCCAUGACUCUCCGGUUACUACCCUGAGGGCUUCGAUUGCGUCUGCCGAGACCAAGCUGGCCGACGAAAAGGCCCGGCUCAAGAGUGUGCGCAAGGAGAAUAACCGUAAAGUGAACGCUGCCAAGAAGGAGAUUGAGAAGCUCACGGCAGCCGUCCAGUCAGCAGGAGGUGAUGACGACAAGCUCAAGCAGAAGGUGGCCCAAAACAAGAUCCAGGAGAAACGAGCGGAGGAGUCCAUUGCACAGCUUGAAGCCGAACUAAAGGAACUUGAAGCCAUCCCCGAGGAGCUUCUUGUGGAAUACCGGUCCAAAGAGAGCACUUGGAAGUCUGAGAAGGCUCGCUUUGAGGAAGCCCGCUCUGCAUUCACGGGCUUCAAAGCCACCCUCGAAUCCGAGGUCAAGGUCCUCAAAGACGAGCGAAGCAGUCUGCAAGCCAAGCAAAAGAAGAUCGAAUCACGCAUCAACAAGGUCAAGGAAGAGCACAAGCGCAUAACGGAUGCCAAUGCUCAGGGCCUUGGUGAAGCUGAACGGCGGCGCCAGAACCGCGCUACGCUUGAAGCGGACAUUGCUACGGCCGAGAAGCAUCUCACUGACCGCAUCAAUUCUGUUAGAAGCAUGAACAUUGCGAAGCAGCAACAGAUCGGCGAGAUGAGCAGUCAGCUUCAAGCUUAUUUGGCUAGUGUUCAGGAAGAUAUGGCUUACGCUCACAGCCAUGCGGCGGCUGUUGCUGGCGGUCAGUACCCGCAGGCUAGCAAUGCUGCAACCGGCUGGGGACUGCCUCCUGGUGCUACCGCCGCUGCCGCGGCAGUGAAUAGCACUUUUGCCAACGCACCGGCGCAGACACUCUGGCCGGUAGCCACCGGCGCAACGUCUGGCUCGUCAUCUUUUGGCCCUCAGAGAUCAGCAGCUCUUCUUCCCCCGCCACCGAUCGGAGGGCCGUUCAGCAAUCCCCUUCAGCAGCAACAGCACUCUCAGCAAGCGGUCAUUGGCACCCCGGCUCAGCAACGAAAAGCCAGAGGCAGAUCCUCGUCGAUGCUUAGUGACAUCUCCGGAUUCACCGAGUCGACUGAUGAGGAUGAACGCGAGAGGUUUGAACGUGAAAGACUUGCACUCAGCUACGGACACAGUAAUCAACAUCAGCAUAACUACGCGAACACCAUCUUCGCCACCCCGGGUUCCAUGCGCGGAGCACCACCUGGAUUCGGCUUCCCAACUCGUCAGCAGCGACUCGCCGGCAACAACGGAACUUUCGGUCCUAUCGGCCCUGGCUCGAGCUCAGGUUCAGGCUCCAACGGAUUCAACAGUGGUACUGCCCUAGGCUCUGGCUCGGGUACCGGGUCUGCCGUUGUCUCUGUUGGCUCCGGCUCGGGAUCUCUUUCAGGCUCAGCGUUGGGUUCCGGCGUCGACUCUGGUCGUAGCAGCGUCAGGUCUGCCGGAGACAGUGCGGGUAGCGGUAGUGCCGAGGGAAGCUCCAAAGAUCCUGGUAGCCCUAGUGAUCGUUGA